GGGGCGCGUGUCCCUCCAGUCACGUGACGCUGAAAAAGGGGAGCCAUGGCGGCGGCGGAAAAAGUAGCCGGGUUGUGUUGCCGCUCCUGCCCGGUUUUCCUCGUCCUCCUGUCGCCCUUCCUCGCCCAGGCCGCUGGAGUCGGGAGUUGCAGGGGAGAGUCGGCGCUGAGGCCAGGUGAGGUUCGUGACUCUGAGGCCUGUGGACUGAGCCUGCAGUUGGAGCACUCAUUUGAACUGGAUGACAGCAUCAGAUUCAAAAAACGGGGCACCCUCCUGUGGAAUGUGGGCCCUGAGUCCAGCCUCUCACUGAGCCAGAAGCAACUGACGGAGGAGGAGCGUAAUAAACUUAGGGAAGUGGCUGCAGAGGGGGGUCUGUACCGUGUACGGAUCCCACGACGGCCUCUGGGAGGCAUCGAAGAGAAUGGGGUUGAAUAUGUUGCCUCUUUCGUCCGAGCAUGUUCAAUGGUAGAGUCCCAUCUGUCAGACAGGUUGACAGUUCACAUGGAUGUUGCUGGAAACGUUAUUGGCCUCUCCAUUGUUACUGUGCCGAGCUUCUGCCAUGGGGCCGAGGUUGAGGAUGUAGACCUGGAACUCUUCAAUACCACUGUCCUUCUCCAGCAGCCCAUUCCGGCAGCAGUUCCCGAGACAGCGGCAUUUAUUGAACGCAUGGAACAAGAACAGGCUCAGAAAGCCAAGAAUCCCCAGGAGCAGAAGUCCUUCUUUGCCAAAUAUUGGCAUAUAAUUCUGGGUGGGGCAGUGCUUCUCCUAGUGACCAGCUCAGCAACAGCCCCUCAGGAGCCGGGACGUCAGCCCUGAGCAAAAUGGAUGUAUAUUAUUCCCAUCGUCCUGUUCCUAAUGAUGUCUGGAGCGCCUGAUGCCGGGGGGCAAGGAGGAGGCAAUGGUGGCAGUGCG